AUGCAUCCCACCCUUGGAUCCGAGGCCACCUUGACCCAUCACCGCCCAAACUCUGAGUCCCAGAUCGAAUCAGAUCAACGACUACUCCCGACUCAGGACCAGUACCCAGUCUGGUACUUCUUCUACGGUACCCUUGCGGACCCUACUGUUCUGAACAAUCUUCUCGGUAUUGAGCCAGUUUAUCGAGCUGCAAAGGUUCGCGGUGGCCGUCUCGCAACUUGGGGCGGAAAGUACAAGGCUUUGGUGGAUGCGUCGGCCUACGAGAAGGGCUGCGUAGAUGGGCACGCGUUCCUUAUUACGAACAAAGCUCAGGAGGAUGCACUGCAGUUAUUUGAGACUGACAACUACGAGGUGGUCCUGUGUGUGCUUGAACUGAGAGUGGAGAGGGAGCAAGAGGUCAGAGACCUUACAUUCCGAUUUAUCGUUGAAACGGACGCGUGA